GUGCGCGCGGAGGACGCCGCUCGGUGCGCUCAUUGGAGUUCUUCAGUCACUAUAAUUUUUUGUCUGUGGUGUGUGUGGCUCUGUGAGGCUGUGGGAUGAUGAUUAAGAAUUAAUGUCUGAGUGAUCUGGAGGUAUUCUGCGCCAUCCCUGCAGGGUGCCGUUGGUCGAGCGCCAGGCCGCCGAUAUUUCACAAUGGAGACGAUGGUGUAGCGUACUGUUGUGGGUAUCGGCCUUUGUCUGGUGACACCAUGGCGGUGGUGGGGGCUCGUUCGGGGCGUCCUGUGAUUGCCUUCACAGGAACAACGGCGGCAGGUCCCCAGCAAGCGAUUUUAACGGCAGCCCAGCCUUUUUAUCACCCGCCUGUCACAGUGCAGGAUAUCCAGCCUGACAGACCGAUUGGAUAUGGAGCGUUCGGAGUUGUCUGGUCAGUCACAGACCCUCGAGACGGCAAACGAGUCGCCCUCAAGAAGAUGCCCAAUGUGUUUCAGAAUUUAGUCUCCAGUAAAAGGGUCUACCGUGAGAUCAAGAUGCUCUGUUUCUUCAAGCACGAAAAUGUCUUGUCAGCGCUGGAUAUCCUACAGCCUCCUCACUUAGACUUCUUCCAAGAAAUAUAUGUCACAACAGAACUAAUGCAAAGUGAUCUGCACAAAAUCAUAGUCUCACCACAGCCACUCACGUCGGACCACGUAAAAGUCUUUCUCUAUCAAAUUUUGAGAGGUUUGAAGUAUCUGCAUUCAUCAAAGAUCCUACACCGGGACAUUAAGCCUGGGAAUUUGUUGGUGAAUAGUAAUUGUGUUUUAAAGAUCUGUGACUUUGGGUUGGCUCGCAUGGAAGAGGACGACGAGCAGCGAGCUAUGACACAAGAAGUUGUAACUCAGUAUUACCGUGCCCCAGAAUUACUUAUGGGGGCCAAACAUUACGGGCCAGCUGUAGACAUCUGGUCAGUUGGCUGCAUUUUUGCAGAGCUAUUAGGGCGGCGCAUACUGUUCCAAGCACAGACACCCAUUCAACAGCUUGAGCUGAUAACUGACCUGCUAGGGACCCCGUCGUUAGACGACAUGCGACAUGCUUGUGACGGUGCUCGAGCGCAUAUGUUGAGGCGGCCUGCCAAGCCACCAUCUCUAGCAGCCCUCUACACGCUUUCCCCUCAAGCUACCCAUGAAGCUGUCCACCUUCUCUGCCAGAUGCUUGUCUUCAACCCUGACAAACGCAUCUCCUGUGCGGACGCCUUAUCCCAUCCCUACUUGGAGGAAGGCCGACUUCGUUACCACUCUUGCAUGUGUCGAUGCUGCCAGAGUACACCAGCGGGCAGACACUACAUUGCAGACUUUGAGCCUGUUGCGGCGCAUCCAUUUGACGACUCGUUUGAGUCAGACCUCGUGUCAGUCCAGCAGGUUAAAGAAAAACUACACAAGUUUAUUCUAGAAAGGUGUGCUAUUUCAAACCGUGUUCCCCUUUGUAUCAAUCCCUUGUCAACAGCAUUCAAGAGUUUUGCUAGCUCUACCGUGGCACACCCUUCAGAGCUCCCCUUCGCCGCACCAAUGGGAGUGACAUAGGUGGAGCCUCGGUCGGUCGCUCGGCUUCAGAAGGCAUUAGGAGAGGGGCACGUGGGUCUUUAUGCCACACCGGCUGCCCAUUCUCUUGCCCUGUCUCAACCUUCCUCCAUUGGCAGAGACAUUCGUGGGGACAUCCCUGGGGGUGCUCGUGGCUGCAAGUGUUAUCCGAGGGACAUCCGAGGGACAUCCCUGGGAGCGCUCGUUGCUGCAAGUGUUCCUGACGACGAUCCUUUCUUCUGUGGCUCGGUGGCGCCAGAAAAGAGGCCCGUGAAAUCUUGCGGCGUCACGUUUGCGGAUUUGUACUGCUUUGACCCUUCUUGGAUGUUGAUCUUGGGAUUUGUAUUGCUGCGCACUAUCCUUUUGUCUCGCAAUACGUAGCCCUCCCACAUUUGAUGCACAUCUGAUGCCGUCGUACAGCCAGUCUAUGACCAAUGUCGGUCGUACUAUCCAUGUCAGGUUCUGAGUUAUGGGCAAUUGGAGGCAUCCUUUUCCUUUGAGCAAGUUUUAUUGCUACUAUUGAGCUUUUCGUUUUUCGGCCUGUACAUGAGUGCAUGUCUGUGCGUGAUUCUAUUUAAGUAGCCUAUAGGAUUGUGAACAUCUUGUGUCUGUACUGGUGCAUGUGCAGCAAGCACAAAUGGAAGUGUCUCGUGCUUACAAGGAUGCCACAUUUGCUACGUUUUUGUUUUUAGUGGGGUCUGUAGCUGUAUUUUGUUAAUUGAGAUGGCUCGCGAUGUUCCACUCUGGAGAGGAGGGGAACGUGACAGGACGCACCUUGGGGCUUCAGGGUAAAACUGUGUGUUGUACUGUGAUAACUAAUCAUAACCUCUCCGUCAAAGUGCGAUAUAGUUUCCUGAAGUGUGCUUUGUUGAGAUGUUCCUGUAGUUUUUCAUUUUCAUAUUGACAUCUAUGGCACAUAUUCUUUGGUCAAAAAUGCCUACAACAUACGACACAUUGUCUGCAAUACAAGUCUGUCCUUGUGACCAACAUUACAAAAAAUACAUAGUAUGCUUCUUGGAAUUAGUAACAUAGUUUCCAAGUCACGGUCGUAGUUAGACGCUCGUGAUUUAGGGUUUUGUGUGUUUUGAAAACGGGGGUGGGUGGGGGAGGUCAGAGGUCGGGUACUUUGUGUUGGGGGCUACAAAAUAGGGCAAAAUUUGACAAUAUCUGUUGGUUGAAAAUAGACCAAAAGCCAAACAAACAAACAAAACAAAACAACAAACAAUGGGGCACUUCAACACCUAUACAGGCGUCCUCAUCAGCAUGAACACAAAGAAAUGUUCAGGUAGUUAGCACGAGAAACAUUUUAAACUCUUGUGACAAACAAGCAGAGGCCCCUUGUGGCUUUUACGUGCAUUCUUUUUGCUGUGCAUGUACCAGGAUUCUAAGAAUUUUUUUAUCCCCAUUCUUUGUUCCAUUGUUUGAAUCCUGGUACAUUCACAGUGGAAAGAAUGCAUGUAACAGUCACAAGGGGCCGCUGCCUGUUUGUUGCGAGGGUUUAAAAGGUUUCCCACGCUAACCACCUUCAUUUCGUUGUGUUCAUGCUGAUGAGGACGCCUGUAUAGGUGUCGAAACGUCCCACUGUUUUCGUUUUGUUUCUCCCUUAUGUAAGCCAGUGUAAAAAAGCAGUAUACUGAAGAUGUGUAGGGAAAAGCAAAUUUUCAGAUCAAAAAUAAAAAGUAAAGAAAGUCCUUGAAUUUCCGACGCGAUGCUGAACGUGGGCUAUAAAUAAAUCGAACGCAAAUGAAAACAGGCUUUAACUGGUUUAACCCUUAACCACGAGGCUCUAAUUAUACCGUUCACUCACCACUUUUCUCUACACUCCUCCUCUUGUGUAAUAGAUGCCCCUGAGGUUUUCAGAAACAGUAUGGUAGCUAACCUGUUCAAGGUUUAGGUCUUCAAUCAGCAUACCCAUGUAAUAUCUCAUCCUGCCUACUACUACUACUACUACUACUACUACUACUAUUACUACUACUACUACUAUACUCUAGGUUUGCCCAGCCGAGGGCCUGUGUAAAAAUAGGACUCACCCCAUUUUUGGACCAAAGCAUGUACAUACCUCAUACGCAUCUCUCACUCGUGACCAUUCGUCUUGUCCUUCACACUCGUCACAUGUUUCUUCUUAGGUCACCUGUUCACAACGGUAGUUGGAACACGUAAAGCUCCCCUGCAGUGUGCACUUAAAAUGCACGGGGGCUGACCACGUCGAGUUAUUUUUGUUUAGCUCAUUAUAAAAUCACAUCAUCAUUCAAGUGUGAAUGGAAGUUUUUAAGGAUGUCUGGACUUUUUAAAAAAAUUCCACUUAAGUUGACGGCAGCCAAUCGGUAUAUUUUUAUCUUCUUGCAUGGUGCACAAGUGUAGGAUUUGAUGGAAAUCGCCCUCACGAGCAGACCCUUGUUGAGGCAGAAAUGUUUGACUUGUUUUUGGGUAAAUGCCGCGGACGCAGUGCUCGUACAUAGUGCUGUUGCGUAUAUACAUCGUAUUUGUUCCACUUGCGGUAUGAUUAGCGAGUCGUCAGUUUGUUACCAGAUACUGUAAGUAUAUGUGCGUGCUUCUAUAAAUGUUUCUACACUUAGUGAAGGUUUGUCACUGUGUCUGAGCACCAAGGUUAUGAACUCUAUUUUUAGGGUGUUUUAAUGACAAAUGCUCAUUGAGCUCCUUGCCCCCCCGUUUAUUUUUAUGACGUCAGCCACACAGCUUUAGCGGAGUGAAGUGUUGCUGGAAGAUGUAGUAUGUGUGUGUGUGUGUGCUCGGGACGACGCACGCAGUGCUGCUACGUGCCUCAUUGGUUUUGCAUGAUCUCACAGUACUUGAUAUGUGUGGUAUGUCACAUUACCCCCAGCUCUCCUCAGUAUGCACAUGAAUAUAUAUAUGUGUACGUUAUGUAAAUGUUGGUUGUCUAGGUGAGAUUCAUGUGUAAGCAUUGACUUUUAUACACUCCAAUAUGCAGCACUGUAAAUACAGUGUAAAAUAGUUUCUUCAGAACUACUUGUCAUAAAACUGGUGGGUACCUUCUCACUCCUUACCCUGAGAGGUAGUGCCAUUUCUAGAUUGCACAGGUAGACUAAAAGAGGUGUAAAUUUUGCUAUAGUAAUGACUGUUGCAGAUUUAAACCUGUCAGGCCUGCCUGUUCCAGUCCGCAUUCUAUUCAAAGUCAGAGAAGAAGAAAAAAAAAUGUACAGGUAGUAUGGUAACCCCCCCAAGAUGUAUUGAUUUGUGACUCCGCUGUAACCGCUGGUUGAGUGCACCCAUUAGAUGUAUUGAUAAUCAUCAUGAUUGGCAUUGAGAACAUGCAGGAAGGUACUUUCACACAUUAAAAUUUUAAGGCUGCGCAACCUAUUUAAAAAAUGCUGCUGAGUUUACGAGGUGCUGGUAAGGUACAAAGGGACAAUGCAAAUGUCUAACACCUGUGUGCUGUAUUCUGAUCACUUAACACAGCUGCUUUGAGCUCUAAACGUGCCAAAGAUUAUUUUCAGUGCUGUUGCUCUUGUUGUGCAGAUCUCGUUAUGAAGAUAACAUUUUUGUUCCUGCCAGUACUGCUGUGUUGUUCUUUAAUUUCAAAACUGGCCUGGCCUAUCCAGUGGUUUAGAGAAAAGCGGCUUUUCUUGCCUCACAGUUGCAUGAGAGCGGUGGUGGUAAUGCUUCACGGCAGUCCUAUCCCAAACUAGUCGAAAAUUUCACCACAAUGUCCAAAUCAACAGGUGUAUUUGGGACUUGGUUCAUGUAGUCAACUGUUUUACGAUCACACUGUAGGAAAUGUUGCACUUUCACUUCCGGGCAAAUACAUCAAUGUAAUGACACGUGCAGGAUUGUAAAGUGUAAUGAAAAUGAGUAAAGGAACAAAUGUAUUUGCAAAACUAGCAACGUAUCUGUUGGUUACCAGACAAUAAGCAAACAACAUACUAAACAUUGUUGACAGUAUGAUCUUAAAGGGUAAUGAGCAGCGGUGAAUCUAGGGGUAUGGCACCCAUGGCAAGCAGUGAAGUUCGUAUAAACAACACGAGUCAUCCUUGUUGACCUUUCAGUUAACACUUCUAAGGACUUAUCUUUAAAUUAACACAAUUUGUUUAUUAAUACAUCUAAAACAGAAUUAAAAAUCAAUUGUGCCACUGCAAAAAAGAACUUAACCUACCUACCUUUCCUUUUUUUUAACUGACUCAUAUUGGUCCGUGGUGUGAUAAAAAAAAUUCCCCCCCCCCUCCCCAUUUUUUCUCACUAUGUCAAUAUGCCCGUGCACACUAUUCCAUGCACUUGCCAAGAGCCAUUCCCAUGCCUUUUGCUUGGCAGUAAAGCCAAGCACAUGGCAUGGCUUUACUACAUGCCAUGUGCACUUGCCAUAUCCUAGAUACAUAAGAUAAGUGAGGUUCAGAGUCAUGCAGGAACUGUGCAAUCCAAAAAAUUGCUCAUGUGUCGAUAUUUCUACGGUAAAUUUGAAAUCCCUCCGUCAGCUGCCCCCAAAAUAGGAACGGUCCGGAAUCUUAAAGGGGUUGUGACACUUUGAUAGAUGUGGUUCAUUACAUCAUGCACACAUUGUAUUGCACAGUAGAGUAUUGAGGAAAAAAUAAUUAUUUUCUACGUGUUGUAGUUGGCGAGAUAUAAACCCUUGAACAAAGGUACUCGUCAGCUCUGACAUCAGAGCUCCGGCCAUUCCCAUUGGUAGUCGUAAUCACGUGACCUGUGUCGCACUUUCUCAUUGGUGGAGACUCCUGCCGUGAUUUCGGAGACUCCCGAGUCUUGGUAUCCGCGAUGCCGGUUUUCUACCCCCGGUUUAUCUACCUAUGGUCUAUCACCCCCUUUGCUGUAAAACUCGGAAUACAGAUUCAAAUCGACGCAAAUAAUUGCAUUUUACUUUUUUUUAAUAACUUGAGACCAAGUGUUGCAACCCCUUUAAUGUUUCUUUCUUUGCUCCAUAGCAGGUUUCAAAUUUUUAAUAGGCACAAAAUAACAGUGUGUACAUAUGCACCAGAAAUUCUUUAACACAUAGAUCGAGAUAGGAAAGACGUUCACUUCACACCCUGUGAUUUAAAGAGCACAUUUCUUGCCAUACGUAAGGCAUAUUUUAUAACGGCGCCUCCCAAGCGGGAGUCCGAGCAGAACUGAGCUAAGUACCAGCCAGAGGAGAUUCCUUCUUCCGAUGACUGAUUCGAUUAAGCUUUUAUUCUAAGACUGCUUUGUUGCUCAGUCAAUUACUCAGAGUGAGUAGGUGUGCAGUUGUACAGUUAUUACUUGUUUUCACCUUUUGUUUGUCUCUUUUUUUGUCUGUGCACCAUUGUGUUCAUCAUGCUAGGUGCUUCAGUUUAAAGCGGGUACUUUUGACACAGCUGGCACAGCAGCAUGUGCUGUGUGUGGCUGUCCCGUCAGUAGUGGAACUAAAACAUUUACAGUUGAAAGAUUGGCAACUGUGCGCAACACUGUGCUAUACGCAAGUCGGAAUUUACCGAUAUGCUCUGUAGCAGUAUGCACAGAGCAGUUGCGGAAAUAAGAACGUGGUAACCGUGCAUGCAACUGUAUUUGUGCAAAAACGAGGAAUAUGCCAUUCUUUUAGUAAUGUUUGUUUGUAUCUUUGAUGAAUCACAUUUGUUUGAACUGAGUCAUGCUUGGCCGUCCUUGUUUUCUGUGUUUGUGCUGAGUGUGUCAUGAAGAUGUCCUUUGUGUUUGUCUCUUGUGAGGAGGAGUCUAGUUCAAUCAGACAAGCCUUGUGUUCUUUUUAACCGUCCAGCUUAGUUUCGGUACGAACAGCAAUAGGUAAAAUGUAUCACACAAGUAGAGGAAGGAAGUGUACCGCAUCUGCUGUCUACCAAACAGUUUUAUAACUGAAAUUUUACAAUAAAAUGUCGAUUGGUACUCCA